AUUUUGUUUCUGCGCUGAAUAAUUUUCAAUUUUUUUUUUUCAUUUCAUUUACGACACAAAAAUAUCAAUCGUAAUUGUCAGUGAGAAACAACAUUUAAUAUCAAAUUUUAGUGUUUAUUUAUUUUUUUUUUUUUUUGAUUUGAACAUCUGGUCAUCUGGUUUUGUGUCUUAUACGGGCAUUCAUAUUUUUUCAGUAUUUUAUUGUGGUAGUGUUUUUGUACAAAGAAUCCAAAAAAAAUGAAACAAUUUAUUAUAACAAUGCUUACUACAUCGUUUAUGGUGGCAUUCACGUAUUGUCAUCGUGAACAUAAAGUACAUAAUAUCGUUUUGUAUCCGGAUAAACAGUCAUGGUGUAAAACUACCCCUAUCAAACAGGUUGUUGGAGAACCUGGAUAUGAAUCCACAACAGUUGAAAACAGUGUUUGUGUUGGUACAUGUUUUUCAUAUAGUAUACCGCACACAAGUGAUAUUACAAUUACGCCUUACUGUGAUAGUUGCCAACCAUCUGAAACACAUUGGUUUCAUGUAACCCUAAAAAAACUAGCAAAUGCAGAUGAAGAAUUAAGUGAGUAUCCAAAUCAAGAUGUGGUAACACCAUUACCGGAAACCAUCCAAAAACAAAUUCAAAUUAUAACAAAUUGUACAUGUUUGUCAUGUACUGAACAAUUGAACAAUCAAAAGAAUUUCAUUCAUGAAAACACAACAGAACUACCAAAAAGUUUACUUGCCAAUAAUAAUAAGAAAUCUGAUCAGAAACCAUCAUCAAUUGAUCCAAAAAUUUGGGAUGAAAUCGAAGAAGAAGCACAUAACAUCAAAGAUUUAACCCAGAAUACUAUAAAUGACAACGAUAACGAUUCUAAUGAAGAUAAUUCAAAAUCAAGUAAUUCCCCACCAUUUGAAAUACCAGAAUUAUUACAAUUAGUGAAUCGAUCAAAUUCCCGAACAAAAUCGACACGCGGUCCCAACACGGAUUUAUUUAUAAAAGGUGCAAAUAUUGACUUCCAAAAUGUUUCAGCUGCACAACGGUAUUAUUUAAAUACAAAAUUGAUCAACUUGUUGAAAAAUAUCCAAAACAGUUCCCAAAAUGAUUCAACUCCAACCGAAAAUAAUUUUAAUUUUGAUCAUGAAUUAUUAUCAGAAUUAUUGGCAAUUAUCGAAGGAUCUGAGAAUCAUUUAAAUGAUAAAAAUCUCAUGGAAUUUGUGAAUUUCGUAAAUGUACACAAUAGCGAAGAUUUCGAACUAGAUUUGUCGCGAUUAAAAAAUGUUCUCACGAAAUAUGAAAAUGAAAAUAAGAAUAAACAAUUCGAACUAUGUGAUAAUGCUGAAGAUGAUAACACUAAUGUUGAUUCAAUUGAGUAUGCAACGUUGAAUAAUCAAGAUGCAACCAAGACAAGUGUGAAAACGGAUGCAAUUAAGGAAGACCAUGAUCAUAAUCAUUUCGCUGGCGAACAUAUUGACAUUGCAUUAGAUGAUAAUAAAGCACACUUGAGUGGUCAUUUAAUACCGGGUCCACACGGUAGCCUUGUGGUACAACCGGAUGAUACAGAGAAUAUUGAAGAGAAAUUAAAUAUUGAACCGCAUCAAUUAAGGCCAAAUCAUGAAGGUACAAUUAUUAAUUAUGAGAGUCACAAUCAUAAAGAUAAACAUAAAACAAAUAAUUAAAAUUAUUAGAUUUAAGAGGUCUAAUUUAUACCAAAGUUUUAAAAAAAUUUUUAACUUUAAAUUUUCGCAUACAAAGUAUUUUUGGAUCUUUUUCGGAAUUUAUCCUCUCACUCCAGUUAUUUUUAGAUUUUGACCAAAUACUAAUUCAGAAUAGACACUUCCAGUAAAUUUUUUGAUGUACCAAAAACAAGUUGAAUCGAUUGUAGGGGCCAAAAAAAAAGA